GACUUUAAAGCGGCUGCCCUUUCAAAACAAGUUACUAUAAAAGCAUAUUUUUGUUUGCUGGGGUAGAAACACCAAGUUUUUCACACCAUACCACCGUUUUCAGGCAAUGAAUUUCAAGUGAAGCCUGUGAGUCAGGGAGUCAUGGAGGAUGACGGGAAACCUCUGCUCGGUUCGAUCCAAGCAGAUUACUACUCAGACCAGAUAGACUUUCUGGACUCCAGACAAAGAAGGCCUUUCCAUGUGGAACCCAGGAACAUCGUGGAGGAUUCAGCUCAGGAGCGAGUGUCUUCCGAGGCUUCAGUAUUGAACAGCAGAGUUCAUUACUAUGGUCGCCUGACUGCUUCAUCAGACAGGCUGCUGGCUCCCCCUGACCAUGUGAUCCCUCCACCUGAAGAGCUCUAUAUUUACAGCCCUCUUGGGACAGCGUUUAAAGUACAAGGAGGAGAAGGCUCUUCCAAAAACCCCAGUAUUAUUACCAUCUUUGCUAUCUGGAAUACAAUGAUGGGUACGUCCAUACUGAGCAUGCCAUGGGGAAUAAAGCAGUCUGGCUUUACCCUCGGAGUCAUCAUCCUCAUCCUAAUGGGCUUACUCACACUCUAUUGUUGUUACAGAGUCCUGAAGUCAACUAAAUCAAUACCUUAUAUCGAUACUUCAGACUGGGAGUUUCCUGAUGUGUGUAAAUAUUACUUUGGAAGUUUGGGACAGUGGUUGAGUCUGUUGUUUUCCAUGGUAUCGCUGGUCGGGGCGAUGGUGGUCUACUGGGUGCUUAUGUCCAACUUCCUAUUUAACACGGGCAAAUUCAUUUACAACUAUGUUCAUGAUGUCAACAUGUCUGAUUCAGAGUUUGGCACAAAUGGAACGGAGAGAGUGGUUUGUCCAUACCCAGAUGUGGAUCCACACUGGAACAGCACCAAUACUCAGCAUUAUAUCAUUGAUAACAGUACAGAUACAGUGUUGUUUGACCACUGGUGGAAUAAAACCAAAACGAUCCCUUUCUACCUUAUCGUGCUUCUGCUGCCGCUGCUCAACUUCCGCUCGGCCUCCUUUUUUGCCAGGUUCACGUUUCUGGGCACAUUUUCAGUGAUCUACCUGAUCAUCUUGGUCACUGUUAAAGCUUUUCAGCUUGGAUUUCACCUGGAGUUUCACUGGUUCGAUUCCACCGAUUUAUUUGUCCCAGAGUUUAGACUCCUCUUUCCUCAACUCACUGGUGUUCUUACUCUGGCUUUCUUCAUCCACAACUGCAUCAUCACCCUCAUGAAGAACAACAAGCAUCAGGAGAACAACGUUCGGGAUUUGUCCUUGGCUUACCUUUUAGUAGGUCUAACAUACCUCUAUGUGGGAGUUCUGAUCUUUGCUUCUUUCCCUUCUCCACCACUGUAUAAAGACUGCAUUGAACCAAACUUCCUGGAUAAUUUUCCCAGCAGUGAUAUUAUGGUGUUUGUGGCUCGAGCCUUUCUGCUGUUCCAAAUGACCACAGUCUUCCCGUUGCUGGGUUACCUGAUCCGAGUGCAGCUGAUGAACCACUUCUUUGGUGAUCAGUACCCCAGUUUUCUCCAUGUCUUCAUUCUGAAUGUCAUCAUUGUGGCUAUCGGGGUCCUAAUAGCCAGGUUUUAUCCCAACAUUGGCUCCAUUAUCAGGUACUCAGGGGCAAUAUGUGGUUUGGCUCUGGUGUUCGUCUUCCCCUCAGCUGUCCAUCUGAAGGCUCUGAGACGUAGUGGUGAAUUGCGCUGGCCCUCUGCUUGCUUCCACGUCUUCCUCAUCGUGCUCGGAAUGGCCAACCUCCUGGCCCAAUUCUUCAUGUAAUACCAUCAUCACGUUGUUCUCCAGCACAGAUUCUCACGGUUGUAGUUCUGGUUUUGGCACUAGGUGGUGGUAUUGGACUUCCUGUAUUGCAUUAUCAAGGAAUAAAGUCAUGGCACUUGCAGGAUUUCAGCAAAAGAAAUCAGCCUGCUGACAGAAAAAGAAAAUCACCAUUGUAGUGAUUUUAGUAUGUUACCAACAUUCAACCAAAAUCAACCUUUGGCACGUUUGUGUUAGCAUCCGUGCUAUAAUAAUAUCUUUUUAAUUCUAUUUUUAAUUGAAAUUAAGUUCAAAAUAAAGCUGCCAAGAAACAUUGGUUGUUCAUGGUUCCGCCGCGGUGGAUUAGCCCACAGACAGGAGCACUGUGUGAUUAUAAUAGAUAUGAAUUUGUAUGCACCUGUUUAACAGGCAGGUGACUAUAAUCACUGGUGGACUAUUAACACUUGAGGAGUGACACACUUGUUUUUUCAACUGUACUGUUCCAUGUUAUUUGACGAUUUUUUUUCUUUAAAGCAGAUUUGUACUGUAUUUUCAAACUGUGACCAGCCCAAUGUUCAGGUCACAUGCUGCCGGUUUUAUUUUUGUACUUGUUUUUUUGUACACUCGGUUUCUCUAAACAAUUUAUUGAAUGAUUUGUAAUUUACACAUUACAAUUACCUUCAUAAAAAUGAGCAAAAAAAAAAUAAUUAUCAUUACAUGCACAAACUCUACUAAAAAAUUCUACUAUUUUUGCAAAUAAUAAAUUGUGUAAAAACAAAGAUCAGCAGUUUAUGAAACACUCAAACCAGCACCAACAACCAUGUCACAGAGAUCACACUUUUCCCUCAUGUUGAUGUUUACUGUGAACAUUACCUGAAGCGCUUGCACAAUGUAAUCCUGAAUAUGCACAAUGUUUUGCAUUAUUAUUUAUUAUUAUUAUUUUUGCAGGAUGUCAAAUCAGCCAAUCGUGUCUCAGCAAUGCGAUGUAAAAACUCAUGUGCGUAUAGAUAAAGAUGGUUUGAUCCCACAGAAGAGUUAUUGUAGCAAAUUGUUGAAAAACAUUCAUGCUGACUGUGAUAGGAAGCUGUCAGAACACACAAUGCAUUACAUUUUGUUGUGUAUGAGGCUGCGUGCUGAUGCUGUCCCAUCCCUCGUCCUCUUCUGAAAGCUUCUACAAUGGACAUGUGAGCAUCAGAACUGGAUCAUGGAGCAGUGGAAGAACAUGGCCUGGUCUGAGGAAUCUUUUUUUUUUUAUAUAUAUAUAUAUAUAUAUAUCAUGUGGACGGUGUGCGCGUUUGGGACACUUAUCUCGGGAAAAGAUGGAAUCGGGAUGCAGUAAGGAAAGAUGGCAAGCCGGUGGAGGCAGUGUGAUGCUCAGGAAUAUGUUCUGCUAGGAAAACUUGGGUCCUGGCAUUUAUGUUAAUGUUACUUCGACUCUUCCCACCUAAACAACCUUAACAUUGUAGCAGACUAAGUAUGUAGAAGAACAUUGUUUGCUACCUGGUUUAAGGAGCAUGAAAAAAAUUUCAAGGUGUUGAUGAAACCUCUACAUUCCCCAGAUAUCAAUCUACUUGAGCAUCUGUGGGAUGUGCUGAACAAACAAAUCCAAACUUGCCCACAACUUACAGGACUUAAAGGAUCUGCUGCUACCAUCUUGGAUCCAGAUUCUUCAGAGGUCUUAUGGGAGCUACAUAAUAUUAGGCAGGUGGUUAAAAUGUUAUGGAUGAUCUGUGUGUGUAUUGUACAACUAAUAAUUUCCCCCCAAACAACCUUUAACUAUGACCUACUGAAUAUAUAAGGAGUUAUGCCUACCAUUAAGCAUAGUGAAGGUAAUAACAAAAGGUUUUAGAUGUCUCCACUCCCUGUCAGCUUUGGGGCUGUUGUGAAGAUUGAUAACAUCAACAGUUCUACUGAAUACCAAUAUGUUUCCUCUAUUAGGAGAUCUUCUACUUCCAAAUGUAUUUACAUUUACGGCAUCUAAUCAACACGAGUCUCUGACAUUAUUAUUUGACGUUAGACAGGAAUAAACUCUCUGCUGUUGUUCUUUACACAGCAUAGGUCACAAAAUCUUAAUUGUUAGGUUGCUGUGCAUUUAAAACCAUUAACCAUUGUUUUGUGGUACUUCUUUUUGUUUCUAAUGUAAUCACACACACACAAAACAAACAAAAAAAAAAACAGGUUAUCGUAUCAGGUUUUUGUAUGUACUGUAUACAAUGAGCUUGAAAAACUGUAUUCAUUUUCAAGCUCAUUUUCAAGAAGGUUGCUAAUAUUUCUGGAGAUAUGUAUUAACCUAUCAAGCUUUAUUACCAUGAAUUAUGUAUAGCACAGUGGAAUUAAUCAAUGGAAAUGUAUUGAUGAAUACUGAUAUAAAGGGAUAUAAAUGAGCUGAUCUUUCUGUGAUGUUCUGUGAUCUCAGUCGUCUCUGGAUUUUUCAUGUUCUUCUCUGAUUACUUUGAUUUGUCAAAAUUCCUCAGUGUUUUAAAAGGUCAAGCUGGAGAUGUAUGACGAUACUUUAAUUUGCAUAUCAAUGGAACUUUCAAAGCUUGGAAAGUUGUGUAGAACAUUUUGUUUGGCAAGCCAUAUAUCUCAUUGCUCUCAUGCGCAUUUUUAAUAAAGUGUCAAACUUUUA